GCUUAGUUCUGUCAACUGGUUCCAAGAAACGGAAUGGAGAUAUUGUCACCUUGGCAUUGAUUGGAUCACAAAUAGUAAAACUAGUAGCUCUUAGUAGAACACCGGCCCCCAGAUCAAUUGCCUGGCGAAGCCGGGGGUCUUUUGCAAUUUGGUGAUUUGGUACUUAGGCCUACCACUGGACUGGUGCAUUCAUAUUUUUUAGGCUAUACAGUUCUAUGAUCAGAUACUGAAAUGUCUGGCAUCAGUGACAGUGAUGUCAAAAGACUAAUCACCCAGAUAACAGGCUUUCAGAAAGGGGACGAGAAUUUUGAGCUGUGUUUACAGUUUGCUGUUAAUAAUUUUAAAUACCACAGAUUUCAGAGUGUUGAUCCUACAAAAAUAACUCGAAGACUUGAUGGUAUUGCUACGAAGUUUGCCGUCCAUUCUCAAAAAGAUAAAUCUGACAAAUUGAAGGAAUUGAUAGAAAAAUUUCUACAUCUUCCACUAACAAACAAUUCUACUCAAACCAAGACUGAUGCACAUUACAGUGUCUUGUCUGUACUGUUAGAUCUCUCUGAUUGUCCUACAGAAACAGUUUUUACAGAAAAAAAACAAGUUACAGAAGAGAGUAAAGAAGAAGAGUUUGAUUGGGGAGAAUAUUUAUUAGAGGGGGUUGACACAAGACGUUAUUACUUCUCAGAUACCUCCGAUGAGGAGGAGGAGGAGUCAGAAGAGGAGGAGUUAGCAGUAAUCAACCAAUCAGAAUUAGAGACUGUAGCGGAAAUAAGUGAUGCUCGAUGUACUCUAGAUAAAGUGAAGGAUUGGUUGGAGAGAAAUCUUGUGGUACAGUAUUGGAUUGGUCGAGGAAAUGAACAGGAAUCCAUCGGUCGUUUUCCAACCUCCAAUCUUCAUACCCAUUGGGAGAGAUUCCAGGCUAGUGAUAAUCCCUUUCAUGUGAGUAGAAACGAGUUUAUAACAGAGAGUCAGCUGAUACGAGAGAUAUUAUGGAUGUUAUUGGGCGUAACAGAAACGUAUCUAUUUAUUUUUGAUGGAAGAAGGUACAGUGUGAAUACUGAUGUUUAUCUUUCACAUUUAACAGAUGAAUGCCUGGAUACGUGUCUUCAGAAAUUUAUUUGCUAUGGAGACAAGAUCGUGGCGUUGAACUCAUUCUGUGAGGAUGUACUAGAACAGACGCGUGACCUUCAGGAUUUAACUCUGGUAACUCAGAGCUACCAGGCGUUUGUUGGAACUCUCACCCAAUUCCUCCAUGAUUAUCAGAAGAGAUUGAGUGUGGAGCAGAUCAAAGUUCGAGAUCAAUUGGUACCCAUGACGCUCAGUGUUUUAAGUGAAGAUUUAGACCAGUGGUUUGAGAAAGUUGAUCUGGUCUACUCUAUAUAUAUUACUGGUAUCGCAGCUGCUGCUGAGCUAGACAGUAAUAUAUUGAAAGUCUCACAUCUUCUCAAUGUCAUGUUUAAAAUGCUGAUUGAUCACGAUACUUUAGGCAGCCAAGACAAAGAUAAGCUAAGAUUAUUGUUGAUUAUGUGGAUACAGACGUGUGAACCAUACUUAACCAUUCUGUCUGACUGGAUCAACACAGGAAACCUGGAGGACCCACGAGAAGAUUUUCUGAUACAAAGAAACAAGACGGUACAAUCAUUUGACGAAACUUUCUGGGAGAGCGCCUUCGAUCUGAGAUUAAAGAGUAAUAUUGAUAUGAGUUCUUCUAAAAUCAGUCAGGAUAUUGAUAUCAGUGACGCCACGACCAUUCCCAAAUUCCUGAAACCAGUUCUCAAAGAGGUUGUAUUGACAGGCAAAUCCAUGGAACUUCUGAUGAGUAUGGGGAAAGCUGAAAGUGUUUUGAAAAUGAGUGGAUCAGAUUUCGAUCAGAAGAGUCUGUAUCAAAUCUUCAUCAACAAUUUAGUCGAGAUACUGGGAACUAAUUCAACCUCAGAAACAGUAGAGGCAACACCAAGGGACAUUACUCUUGCUCGACAACCAAAUUCGCAAUAUGGAGGGGCAACAUCAAGUCCAACAGGAGGGUCAGUAACUCCUUCCAGGCAACUGUCAGCAUGGGAAAUGGAAGAAUAUUUAAAAACCAAGGGGGUGUUUGAUCCUCUUCUUGCCAUUAAUUUUCAAGAAAUCAUCAACGAGGUUAAGACGUCGGCCAUUUUACCUGCCGUCAAGAAAGAGGAUGAUCUUAGUGUUUUAAAGACGUUAGAUCUAGACAGUCUACAGCCUCUAGAAAUCGUUCUACAGAAAUGUCUGUACCCGUAUAUACAGGACAGAUACGCGGAGGUCUGUCCCGAACUCAUCCUUAUAGUUAAAAACCAACACAAUUUACUCCAACAUUUAACAGACAUGAGGAGUUUUUUUUUCAUGGAAGCAGGUGAUACUAUGUAUGAAUUUUACUCCAAUCUUUUUGACAGGAUCAAGAAACAUGAAGAAUGGCGUGAUGAAUCUAUUUUAAGUUUAAUGUUAGAAGAUGCCUUAGAAUCUCAUUUUUCACAUUGUACCCACAGACUGAGCGUAGAAGUGCGACCCCCAACAGAAAAUGACCGAUCUCCCAUAGCUCUGACAGAUUGUAUUAUACUACACUAUCAGGUACCAUGGCCAGCUAGUUUGGUAAUCAGUCAGAAGUAUCAGGCCAGAUAUAAUGAAAUAUUCUCCUUCUUAUUACAAAUCAAACGAGCUCAAUAUUCACUGGAACAACUCAAUUUUAAAGAUUUGGAGAGGAAGAAUUUAUUGAAAUCGUUUAGUUUAAGUCCAAUGAAAGAUCAACCCGCCUCAGAUACAGAAUUAUCUACCUCUGCUAAAAUUCAUCAAAUGCAGAUAUUCCGAUUCAAUUUACUGUAUUUUGUAAAUAGUUUUAACAACUACAUCAUGACUAGGAUUUUAUCAAGUACAGUACUAGAAUUUGAAAAGAAUAUGAAGAAAGCUGGUGAUUUAGACGAGAUAAUUGCCGCCCAUAUUGACUAUCUUCAUGUGACGUAUCAUCGCUGUUUACUGGACCCCAGUCUAGGUCCUCUCAAAUACGCCAUUUGUAAAGUUCUCAACUUGGUCCUCGUCUUCCAGAAUUACUGGGAACAAGGUGCCGAAGAAAUCAGUGGCAAUGCUAUAGAAGAGAUGGACACGACGUUUUCGAGAUGUGUUAGAUUUCUGACAUCCUUUCUCAAUUCUGUUGUAAAAAGAGGAUCUUUCCCUCACUUGGAGUUUUUGGCAUUUCAAAUGCAAUCUUUGUUGAAAACUGUGGGUAAUAUGUGAGUUGAUUUUAAUUUGGUUGGCAUGGAAAUUUGGAAACAAUGUGCUAUGUGUGAAACUGUCUGUUGUAAGUUGUGAACGCACACGGACCUAAGCUGAAACAGUAUAGCAGAGAUUUUUUUUGUGACCCAGUAAAGUGUGACAGAGCAGCCAAGAGUUAUGAUUUGGUGACCAAGAUUUUUAAUGGUGCACAAACGAGAAAGGUUAAUUUGACAAACAUUCAAUGGCAGUCGUUUAACCCUAUAACUGAAGUGACUAUAUUAAACAUAAAAGCUAAUAAAAAAUAAGGAAGUUU